AUGCGGGGCGUGGCGGCGCAACUCCUGGCGGCCCGCUACGGCGCCCCUGGCCGGGCGCGCAGGUAUGGCCAGACCGCCAAGGGGAGCGCGGGGAAGUCGACGCUGCUUUCUGUGAUUUCAGUGGCAGGCUGGGUAGUCAGCCUGAGCAGCGAUAGCGAUGCAAUGAGCUCGCCGCCGCAGGUGUCCAUGAAGGGCUCGUCGAGCAUGGCCGAGACGCCCGCGAGGGGCGCUGCCGCGCCGCCGGGGUGCCGGGAGCCGCCCUGCGGCGGCCCGCGGGGCGUGCCGCUGACGCCCGCGCUGGCGCCCCAGCGACCAGAGGCGCCCCUGGCGCCCGCGCGCGACGAGGCGCGCCCCGCGCCGCCGCCGCCGCCGUGCGCGCUGCAGUGUCGCGCGCGCGCGUGCCGCAAAGAGGUGCCGCCCGGGGAACCGACGCUGCAGUCGACGGCGAAGUUCGGAGUCAGGGCAGGGCGCGAGAGGUCGGGAGGCGGUGUGCAGUUCGGCGAGCGAGACUGGGCAGAGCACGAGCCGUCGCGGAAGCGGGCGCCGUUCUUUUUCUGCAAUGCCAGCAAGGGCGCCUUCGAGGGCGCCCUCGGCGACGCCGCCGACCCGCUCGGCCCGGCGGUCGAGAUGCCGUGGAUGAUCCCCCCGGCCGUCGACGGGGACAGCGACAUGAUGGCGCCGGGGCCGCUGGAACUGCCCCCGGACGACCUCGAGGUUGUCGACCUCGGCGGUUGCGACACUCCGGAGCCCGCAGACGACGCGGACGUCCUGCCGGCGCUGGACCUCGACGAGGCUUCAGCAGGCGCGGGCAGCGCCGCGGUCGUGCUCGCCGACCCCGCUGGGGCCCUGCUGGCGGACGCCGGGGCCGUCGGCAAGAAGCGGCGCGGUCGGGGCUAUUUCCUGAUAGACGAGCAGACUGAGAUCUCCAAGGAGACCUACCAGGGCUACGUCAAUGACAGGUCCGUGAUCACCAGGAAGUCGAUGUACGACUACACCGUUUACCUGCCGCACAACUCCCCCAACUUGCCGAACUUCACGACGACCUUCACGGAGAUGUGCCAGCCGCUCUGCGAGGGCCUGAUGUGGGGAACGGAAGUCGCCGAGAAGCGGCGGAAGCUGAUGCAGGCCUCGGAAGCGGCGGAGACCGGCGGGGUCAGCGCCGGCGACCUCGCCGAGCAGUGCGCCGCCGCGGCGGACCUCGCCGCCAGCGUGCUCGCCACGCACGCGGCGAGCUCCGCCGCCCCGGCGCCGGCGGAGCCCCUGGAGGACGCGGCCGGGGAGGCGCCCCCGAAGGCGCCGCAGGCGCCUUCGGCGGCGGACGCCAUAGCUGCCUUCAUGGCGGACGCCCCCGCGGAGGCGGCCGCGCCGCCGUCGCGCAAGUCCGACAAGCCGCCGGUGCUCACCCCGCUGCUGAUCGCGGGGGGCCCUGCGACGCCCAGAGGGCUGGUCGACGGCGCGGCGCCGGCGAGCAGGCCGCUGCUCGACGGCGCUCCCGCGACCCCCGCGCUGACCGAGAGGCAGCUCGUCAUCAACGCCCCGGCCUCCAUGGGCGCAGUAGUCACUGGCGGCAUGGACGAGGAGGACCAGUCGGGAAACGCCGCCGCGCGCGUGGGGUACAGCGGGCGCACGGAGAAGAUGCACAGGUUCUUGGCCCGGGAGUUCAGCGAGGCGCAGUCGCCCGCUUUGUCCUACGAGGCGAUGUGCAAGGUUCAGGGCGCGGGGCGCAGGGAAUUGAUUGCCGGCUGCUUCUUCGAGCUGCUGGUGCUGAAGACAAACGGCGUUAUCGGCCUGUCGCAGGACGCCCCGAAGGGUGACAUCCGGAUCUCCAAGGCGAAGCAGUGGACCCGGUAA